AUGAGCAGCUUGGCCUUGUACCGUGGUAUCUACACUGAAGAGCGCUUCCAGCAGGGCUAUGGGGCACCGCCAGCACCUCAAGGCAGCCUGGCAGAGAUGCUGAAAGGCAAGCUGGCCCAAGGGUGCCGGUGCUCCAGGGCUGCCGCCCUGCACUUACUGCGAAGAAGGCUGCCCAUCGCCAGCUGGCUGCCCAGGUACCAGCCCAGGAAGUGGCUUCUGGGCGAUGUGGUUGCAGGGCUAACCGUGGGCAUUGUACACAUCCCACAAGGAAUGGCCUUUGCCCUGCUCACCUCGGUAGCGCCAGUCUACGGACUCUACACUUCGUUCUUCCCCGCCUUGCUGUACAUGCUCUUUGGCACUGGGCACCAUGUGUCCACAGGUACCUUUGCUGUGGUCAGUCUGAUGACGGGCUCGGUGGUGGAGCGCCUGGUUCCUGUGUCCCAACCAUCCAAUGGCACGGCAGCCCCCGAGGAAGCUGCUUCUCUGGAGGGGCAACGCAUAGCUGUGGCAGCUGCCAUGGCCUUCCUCAUGGGGCUCCUCAUGAUAGUGAUGUUUACUCUUCACCUGGGCUUCCUCUCCACCUAUCUCUCGGAGCCUGUCAUCAAGGCCUUUACCAGUGGUGCUGCCUUGCACGUAGUGGUGUCUCAGCUCCAGAGCCUGCUGGGCUUGCCCGUGCCACGGCCUGAUGGCUGCUUCGCCAUCUUCAAGACGCUGGCAUCUGUUGUGGAAGCCUUACCCUUAACCAACGUAGCUGAACUGCUUAUCUCAGGCCUCUGCCUGGCUGUGCUGGUACCAAUCAAGGAGAUCAACAACCGCUACCGUAACCGGAUGAGGGUCCCCAUCCCAGGAGAGAUCAUCAUGGUACUUCUGGCCACCGGGCUCUGCUUUGCUUCCUCCCUGAACACCCAUUACAACGUGCAGAUUGUUGGACACCUCCCGGCAGGGUUCCCACAGCCCCAGCUCCCAGCCCUGCAUCUGCUGCCCCAAGUGCUGGGCGACACGGUGGCCCUCGCAUUCGUGGCCUACGCCAUCUCAGUGUCCCUGGCCAUGAUCUACGCUGAGAAGCACCACUAUGCCAUUGACCCCAACCAGGAACUGCUGGCUCAUGGCCUCUCGAACCUGGUCUCCUCCCUGUUUACCUGCUUUCCCAACUCAGCCACCCUGGCUACAACCAACAUUUUGGAGAGUGCUGGUGGACACACACAGCUUUCUGGCCUCUUCACCAGUGCUGUUGUCCUGGUGGUAUUGCUCUGGAUUGGACCACUCUUCUACUACUUGCCCAAGGCUGUCCUGGCUUGUAUCAACGUCACCAGCCUGAGGCAAAUGUUUCUGCAGUUCCAGGACCUGCCUGACCUGUGGAGAAUCAGCCACAUUGACUUUGCCGUGUGGGUGGUCACCUGGCUUGCUGUGGUGGUGCUCAACGUAGAUCUUGGCCUGGCCGUGGGGGUCGUGUUCUCCAUGAUGACUGUUAUUUGCCGCACCCAGAGAACUGAAUGCUCAGUGCUCGGCAGGGCAGCUGAUACGGAGAUCUACAAGCCCGUCAAGUACAACAGCAAGUGCUUUGAGAUCCCAGGUGUGAAGAUCUUGAGUUACCAGGCCCCCAUCUAUUAUGGGAACCGCAGUUUCUUUCAUGACGCUCUGAGCCGACAGUUGGGUCUGGACCAGGACUGGGAACAGCUCAAGGACCAAAAUCCACACCGUGGGCUCAAGAUGGACAUCAGCACUGUGGAGAGAAGUGUCUCUGUCCUGGAGAAGAAGCUGCACUCUGACAUAGCGGUACAAGCAGUGAUCCUUGACUGCAGUGGCGUGUCCUUUGUUGACUCAGCGGGGGCCCGACUCCUGAUUCAGGUGUGUGUGGAAUGCCAAAAAGUGGGUGUGCAGAUGUAUUUGGCUGCCUGUAAUGCCAAUGUCCUGCAGACCUUGAGUUUCUGCGGCCUUAUGCAUCAUCUACCCCCACAGCAGAUUUUUGUCACCGUUCACGAUGCUGCUUCCUACCUCCAGCAGACCACGGAAAGUGUGGAACAGAAGGACCCAACCAUCUGGGUAUAA